UCCUCCAUCCUCUCCGGCCGGCCACAUCUGAGACUGACUGAGAGAGACACAUACACGCCAGUAGGAGCGAGAGAGCCAGCCUCGGACGGGCGGCGCCGUAGACCGUAGCGGGCGGUCGCUGUUGGUGGCGGGUGGAGGUGGUGGCGGUUACGGUGGAGAAAGGCGCGGGCGCGGGGUGGCCAAUUGGGAAAGGGCACCAGGAGAUCCAGGGCUCCCCGGAUUUCAGCCAGACUUUGCCCGCAAUCCAUCCGCCCUUUCCGCCGGUCGGCGUCCCAUCCGUGCGUGUCCCUCUCCCCCUCCUCCCCGGCGAAAGCGAGACGACAGAGCGUGCGUGCCUAUAUAGUUUCAACUGCGUGAUCAAGCCCAAGCUGCCUAUAGCUAGCUAGCUAGCUACAAGUUGGUGUGGCGCAAGGAGAGGUACGCACUACACGAAGGAACUGCAAAGACCGUGCUCUGCUAGGCUGUGGAGUGCGCUGAUCAGGCUCCUGUUCUUCCUCUAGCGCAAUAUUCACGCUGAUAGUGGAAUAAAAUGGACACUUUCUCCCAUGUUCCGCCGGGUUUCCGGUUUCAUCCUACCGACGAGGAGCUCGUCGAUUAUUACUUGAGGAAGAAGGUGGCAUCCAAGAAGAUUGACCUAGACGUCAUAAAGGACGUCGAUUUGUACAAAAUCGAGCCAUGGGAUCUCCAAGACAAGUGCAAGAUUGGCAUGGAGGAGCAGAAUGACUGGUACUUCUUCAGCCACAAGGACAAGAAGUACCCGACGGGCACCCGCACCAACAGGGCGACGAGCGCCGGGUUCUGGAAGGCGACCGGGAGGGACAAGCCCAUCUACACCAACCACUGCCUAGUCGGAAUGAGGAAGACACUCGUCUUCUACAAGGGCCGUGCCCCCAACGGUCAGAAGUCGGACUGGAUCAUGCACGAGUACCGCCUCGAGACGAACGAGAAUGGAGCCACGCCCGAGGAAGGAUGGGUGGUCUGCCGGGUGUUCAAGAAGCGAGUCGCGACGGUGCGGAGGAUGGCAGAUAUGAGCUCACCUUGCUGGUUCGACGACCAUGGUGCUGGCGGUGGGUUCAUGCCGGACCUCGACUCGCCAAGGCAGCUCGGGUACCAGCACCACCACCCCCAGAACUUGGCGCCGUACCACAGCCAGCAGCAGCAGCAGUACCACUGCAAGCCGGAGCUGGAGUACCAUCGCCUCCUGCCGCAGGAGGCCUUCAUGCAACAGCUUCCUCACCUGGAGAGCCCCAAGCCUACUACGGCCUACAUUGGCCACGGCAGCAGCGGCGGCAUCCUAUCGUCGACCAGCAACCACCCCCUCGCGCAUGACGGGCCCUCCAGGUUCGCAGCGCAGCAACCGCCGAUGGACCAUGCGCUUUACACUGGUGAAUCGUCGGCCACGGACUGGAGGUACCUCGACAAGUUCGUCGCGUCUCAGCUGUUCAGCCAUGACGGUACCAAUCCCAAGGAGCAGGCCACUCACUCCAAUGCAGCAGUCCAGGUGUUUCAGGCAGAGAACAAGCAUGAAGAGGCCCUGGACUACGCUUCGACAUCUGCCGGCGGAGGCUCGGCUCAUCUGUGGAAAUAGCAUGCACAAGCAAGCACAACUCCAUUGGACACCCUACACAAUUUAUACAAUCCAGACCUGAUCUAGUGUACAAAUAUAGCUGGCCAUGUAUGCCAUGAUUAAUCAUGGUAUAUAUAUGCACACACACACAUAUAUAUACAUAAUAAAUAUGUAACCGAAGUGGUUAUGUAGUAUCUAUAGUAGUAUUUGGUAUCA